GAGAGCCAGUGGAUCGAUCUUCCGGACGAAGCUGUCGUGGAGGACGUCGAGUGGGUCAAGAAGCAGGCCUUGGGACGUGCUGAGCGGCGUCAAGAGGCUGGGCUCUCCCCUGAGGCCUUCCUGGUUAAAGUCCGUGAGCUGAAGCAGGAGCGUCACCGAGUGAUCAUCGUGCUGCACACGUUCGCGGGCGGCCGGAGGAAGCUGGACAUCCAGCACUACGUGGAGGAGUUUGCCGUCGAAUAUGGGGUUGCGAUCUUUUUCUUUGGAGUGGAUCUUGCCUUUGAUCAUAGGUGGGAUCUGGCGGACCCCAAGCUGAUCGCCAUGCUGCUGGAGAUGAUCGAACAGGGCCUCAUUGACAUUAUCCUUGGCGCCCCCCCCUGCGCCACGUGGAGUGACCUGUCGAAGGAGGAGCGCGCGAGAGUCACGGAGGCGAACGUGCUUCUCUUCAACCUGCUCGCCUUGUGCGACGCGGAGGAGCAGCACGGGGGGGGCUACCUGUUCGAACACCCCGCGGACCCAGAGGAGGAGCCGUACCCGAGCGUCUGGGACCUGGAGGCAGUGAAGGGCAUGCUGGGGCGACACGGCGUGCGUACCACCAGGAUCGACCAGUGUAUGUACGGGGGACCGGCCCAGAAGCCCACUACGCUGGCUUCGAACUUGGACGGCAUUCAAGAGCAGGCGGUGCUGUGUGAUGGGAGACACCGUCACGAGAAGGCCUACGGGAAGAACGAGCGCGGCAUCUUCAGGUCGCGCCGGCUGCAGGCCUACCCGCCUGGCUUGUGCCGCAUGAUCGCCCUCAGU